AUGAAGAGUCGUCCGGCCUAUACAUUACGCCAUACAAUGCUAUUAUAUAACACCGUUUUAGUCAUAUUUAACGUCUAUUUCUUCAUUGAAGCCUUAGUUUGCAUUCGCUUUGGUUUAGAUUUAUUUGACUUUGAAUUUCCCAACAAAUACGAUGUCAGCACCCGGUCCCUAAGACUUAUAUACUCAGGUUAUGCCUACUUUUUGUCCAAAUUUCUCGAUCUAUUCGACACCGUAUUCUUUGUGCUCCGGAAGAAAUACUCACAGGUUAGUUGA